AUGAUCAACGAAGCAACUCUUACCUCUAACACAUACCUAGAUGAGAACGAACUUCGAGAAUGCAUAUCCGAGGGUGUCGGGAUGAUUCUCGCGCGCUGGAACCACAGGAAGCAGCCUCUUAUAUCAGUGGAACUGGAAGCCUUUCCUCAAAAUGAGCUUGGUCGGUGUAUCAAUCCAUGGCGGUAUAGAAGUCACAAACCCCAUGAUCUUAAUUGGAGACCGAUCAAACGACGUCUGCCGAAGCCCCUCCCUUAUUCCUCGCGAUGUGCCAUGAUGAGUAGUAAGGCGAUAGACUACAUUACUGAAGGUAUGGGGAAUCUGAGCCUUGGGAUGAGUCCAAAAUGGGAAACUCAAACAAAGAGAACGUACCCGGCUAUGUUCUCUCUGUUCCACAUUACAAAGAUCAUUGCAAAGGCCCGGGAAAGUGAAUCGACUGAACUCUCAGACGCCCUCAUUGAGAUCUUUGCAUCUACUGCUGUCAAAACCUUCACGUCGCGCUGCAAGCAUAAGUAUCCCAAGGCCUGUCGCUAUGUUUACCCAGGUUGCCAGACCACAGAUCUGUUUGAUGAGCACGACAUGCGCACUAACGAGGGUAAGUUCCUUGACGAGGUGGUCCGAUUUCUGGCCGCCGAGAAUAUGGAACGAGUCAAGAGUUUCUGUUACAAAUUCGAUCGAGAGCGCCUCCCGGACAUUGUGCGGAUAUAUUACGAUAACCCCUCAGACCCCCUUGAGAUCGUGGACACCUGCGGGCUGUUCCAACAAGAGGAAAUCGACUUUUAUGGCCGCGAGUUCCUUUGGCAUGCGCUGAACGAGAUGAAGUCUGCUCUUAUCUGGGUAGCUGAAUCUCAGCAAGAGCAAAAAGCGGACGGAAGCUCCAACGAGUUACUCGCAGCUGCGACUGAUGACCAAGACGAGGAGCCGCUGCCAAAGGAAGAAGAGCUGAUAUCCUCUGAUGCGGAAGAUAUACAGUCUGGUUCGUCAGCGUGUGCUAUGACAUUGACUGAAGGUUCUACAAUUGGAAACGAGAACUCACUGCCAAAGGGGAAGGAGUCGAAGCCGACAAAGAAUUCUGAGCAGGCGAGGAAGCCUACAACACUUGACGAGGAAGCCACGCAGCCUGAUUCGCAGAGUAAGGUCAUAGUCGAGGGCCCCUUGCGCAUGAACAAUGACCAAUCUCCAAAUGGAGAGAGAGCGGAGCUGACGAGGAAGCCCAAAUCCUCCAAGGCGGAAUCCUCGCAGACUGUCUUGCCGGAUAGAGCUCCAAAAAAAGACCCAGAGUUUAAGAGCAAAGAGAAAAAGCGAAAGGGAACGAAACCAGAACAGGAGGAAAAAAGGCCUAAGCAGAAGGAAACGAAGCCCGAGCAUAAGAAAACGAGCGUCGAGCAGAGGGAGAGGCAAGCUAAACAGAGGAAAGUCGAGCAGAAAGUAAGGAACCCCGAGCAUAAGGCAAGGCAGCCUGAGAAAAAACAAGACAACCCUGGGCAGAGAAAAAUGAAGCUUGAGCAGACGGAGAAAAAGCCGAGAGGCGCGAAGAAACCCACGCAGCAAGCCGGGCCGUGCCGCAGGAAAAACCAAAGCAUCAAAACGUCCCUAAGCAUCGAAAUGCUCCCAAGAUCUUUACUAAAUCCAGGCAUCAGAAAAGGACAGAACGCAAGAAAAGAUGAUCCGGGUUCACGAGCGCUUUAG